CUACGUUUAGUGUGCGUAGUCUCGUGCGUCACUCAUCUUCUGUGACCACUUUAUAUCGUGCACGACGAUCGUCUUGCUUGCGCGCAGAGAGCUUCCGCGCGAGAUCGGCCGAGGACGUACGAACGUCUUUAAGAUCACCGCAGCAGCGCGCGAGCAGAGAGCCGACGCAAUAUAUGGGGACGGAAAAGGCUACGACGACAACGGCGAGCAGCGGGAAGACGCCCGCGCUCUGCCUCUACCACGUCCGCGCACGGCAGCGAACGAGCAAGGUGCUCGGGCUGGACUCGCCGUCGUGCCCGUCCACGCAGCCGCUCCGCUCCCGCAUCACGGUGCCCUUCCUCUGGGAGGACGCGCCUGGGAAACCCAAGCUGCGUGAAGCCGCGGCCAGCGCUCUGCUCUUCCCUUCGGCCGCCGCCGCGAGCCCACUUCCUGCUGACGGCGGCGCCACUGCCACGGCAGGCUGUGAUCGCGAGGGUGUCGUCGUUGUGCGCCCCGCGCCGCUGAAGCUGCCGCCGCGGCUGCAGGCGGCGCCCAGGGGGGAACAGUCCUUCUCCUCGCCCAAGACCGUGCUCCAGGGUCCCUACGUUGGUGGCGGUCGCGGAGACAAACCGCCAAGGUCAGUGAGGAGGAGCGGGAGCACGGUGAGCUGCCGGAUGAUGCCAGGCACCGGCGGCGCCGCGUUUUCCUGGAGGAAGGUCACGCCGGCGUCGGCGGGGGUCAAGAAAGAUGGCCACCAUGAUCACGACGCCUCGUGCUCUUCGCCAGCGGCGUCGUCGUCCACGUCCUCGUCGGCCUCCUCCUCGUCAUCCUCGAUGUCGUACUUCUUCGACGUCCACAGCCGUGGAUCAGGUCACUGGCAGCAAGCCGACGGGCGCGAGGUCUCGGAGGACGGCGACGUAGGGGACGACUGCGCCAAGGGAUCGGUCAGGAUCACCAGGUUCAGGAGGAACAAGAGCCUUCCCAAUGUUUCCACGUCGCAUCUGUGGGCCAGCAUCCGCAAGGGCGUCAAGCAGAUCAGUCCAUGGAGCUAGGACCUUAUAUAGGAGAAGCAUCAACGUACUGCUUGCAUUUUAUCCAUGGAUCGCUACAAAAGCAGCCGCUGCAUUGGUCAAUCAAGGCACGUGCAGAAACAUGAGGGCGCUAAUUAACUUCGAAUGGCUCAUGCAAGACAGAGAUCGGUUUAUAGAUAAUCAUGUACAUAUUGUCAACUUGACACAAUAUUAACUCAAUAAGCGAGAAACAUUAUGAGCGGCUAUGGUUGAACUAGUACGGAUUUGUCAGGAUGAGUCUCUACGCAGGCCAGUUGGAGAUCUUAAUAUUAUUAGCACGAAAUACACGAAUAGGCGUGAAAUACUGAGUACGAACUAUAACUGUAUGAUAGGGCAAAGGUGUCCGAUCUUUCGAUGAGAUGGAGAUAAAUCGAUUUGUUGGUGGGGUUCGUGCUUGA